AUGAUUUAUAGUAGUAGUGGUAGUAUAUACGUAUUGUUCCCUAAAAUUAAAAAUGAAAAUACACUGACGUUGAAAGAUAAAAGAGAAAUAUGUGUUCUAAAACAAUCGAAACCUACUCCAACGAAUAAAGACCUUGCUAUUCGUUUUAAAUUUCGUGAAAAUAUUACAACACAAAUGCUUAAAACAAAUUUAGCUAUUACUGGUUCUCAAUAUAGUAGAAAAAUUUGA